AUGGCUUCACCGACAGCAGGAACGAAACGUCCGGCCACAUCUCAACAGCACCCAGCACCUGCCUCCAGCAGCAACACACCAUGCCCGCAUGACGCCAUCUUGAAUGGAGUUAACAGCAAGGAGCUGCACUUUUGUGAUCAGCUGAUGGAGAGGAUGGCUGGUGUUGUACCUAUCCCUGGAGAGGAAGAUUUCUUCGUCAGACCUGACACAUUGCGGAGAUUUUUGAGAGCGAGAAACUGGAACGUGGAUGAUGCAGAGAAGAUUUUGAAGGGUGCGGUGGAGUGGAGGAGGACGAACGACGCCAUCCACAUGGACUGCAGGUGGUGUCAUGACCACCCAGGCUACCACAGCAUCCGUCAAGUGGGUUUUGACCUUCAGAGGAGGCCAGUCAUAUACGCCUGCUUCACGCAAACAACUGCCAAUCCAACUGUUGAAGACAUAAUAAAUCACUGCACAUACCUUAUUGAGAAUGCUCAAAAAACUAUGGCGUCCGAUGUCUCCACUUGGGUUUUUAUUUUAGAUUGCAGAGGUAUGACAUUACCUCAGUGUAAUCCGAAAAUAGGAUACGGACUGACCCAGGUCUUUGCCAACUUCUACCCGGAGAGGUUGGGACUGGUCAUUUGCUUGCAUCACAAUCCAAUCUUUCACGGCGUGUGGAAUGCCAUCAAAGUCUUCCUACAUGAUAACACGGUGGCCAAGAUGCACCUGAUUCGAUCAAAAAAGAAAAUAGAAGAAGAAUUUACGAAACUUUUUGACGAUGAACUCAAAGAAUGGCUAUUAAUAGAAAUGAAACUGAACAAAGAGAAACCCUUGUCUCUUAGUCAGCAAACAUUCUGGAAGGCUCCAAUAGAUACGAAACACCAUGAUCCAAGAGGUUGUCCAAGUUACGUCAAAGAAUUUGUUGACACCUUCUUAACAAACACCAACUCACCACUUUCUGUUCACAAACCUCAUCCGAAUAUUGUGGACGAAUUGAAAGAAGUCUGUAAGCCCCUGCAACUUCACGACAAAAAUUCAAAAUUGAAAUCAAACUCCAGUUAUGGAAUGAGCGAGGAUGAAUGUGCAAAAUGUGCGACAGUCGGUACUGCGGAUCCACUGGUAGAUGAUGACAGCGAAUCUGAAGAGGCCAACAUGUCACAAAAGUUUGAACAUAUCGAAAUAAGUAAAGAAUAUCAAGUUCCUUCCAACGCUGAACGCUUGGCGGACGGCUGAUAGUAUUUCCAUUCACUGUGACAUCUAACGAUUAACUAAUAAGUAUAAUGAUUAAUUUGCUAGCGCAAAUUUAUGCGGCAACAAAAUCAAUUUUAUUAAAAAUUAUAGAAAUAAUUAUGUAGGGUAGAUUGAUCGUAAAGUUUACAAAAUUGUAAUGUCGUGGUAAUAAAAUAACCGAAGAGGCCGAUUGAAAUACGAUUACGUCUCUUGGUUUAAAUCUUUCUUUUUUUUGUUUUAUGGCCACUUGUUGUUAUAACAAUGUGAAAAAUCUGAUUAUUCGUAACAAUUGUGAAAUAUAUUUUUGUUAAAUAUAUUUUAUUUCUACUUUUAUGGUUGUAACAAGCCACUGGAAAAAGUAUUUUUUAAAUGUUUGCGAUUGGAAUAGUUGUUAAUGAUACAAAACAUUUCACAAAAAUUUUCCAUGCUUCAAAGCAUAAAGCACUGUGAUUUCUUACUUAUUAUUUGUUUAAUGAUUAAUGGCUCAUUGAAUUAUCUUGCGGAUUACAUGUGGCAAAUGAGGUACUGCUAAAUAAUAAAUGUCUGGCAUUUCGAUUGAAUUGUCCAACUUUAUUUUAUCUACAAUCACAAAUCUGUAUUUUGUUGUUAAUUAAGAGUUCAAUUUUGAAUAUUUUAAAAUUGUUAUAUUAUUUAA